GUUUGAAUGGUCAAGGCCUAUGGCUGUUGAUCUUGCUCUGAGGCUGUAACUUCGACAGUCCGGUGAGAGAAGCGGAGAAGGCAAACUCCAGCCUAUCUGGUCGAGAGGCAUAGCUGUCGUCUGGUUAAAUCGCCUCUUUUCCCCAGAUUUCCUUGAAUUCUGCUAGAGUCUUCGCUUGUGUGUGAUUCCCUGCCUACUUCUCUUCCUCCUGAAGGCAAGUCUCAGACUCAAACCUGAGUGAGAACUCGGAGACCAUGUCUGCAGAAUUCUUUUCAUCUACAAGAGAGGAGGGAAGGCCUGACUCAGGACCUAGUUUUAGGUCCAAUCAGAGGAAGAUAUUAAACCUGCUCCUGGAGAGAGAUACUUCCUUUUCCAUCAGUUCAGAUAUCCCUAGAACCCCAGUGGAGAAGAAACUUUUUGGUGAUUCUGCAAACCUAAGCAUUUUGUCUGGAGAAACCCCAAAACGUUGCCUUAAUCUUUCGAAUCUUAGCAGCGGGGAGAUGUCUGCCACUCAGUUUACCACUUCUUCAGACCUUGAUGAAACUGGUCACUUGGAUUCUACAGGACCUGAGGAAAUACAGUUAGCUGGGAUGAAUUAUCACCAACACCUUGUAAAAUGCAGCCCAGCACAGCUGCUUUGUAGCACUCCGAAUGCUUUGGACCAUGGCCACAGGAAGAAAGAUGCAAUAUGUAGCUCAUCUACAAAUAAAGAGAAUGAAAACAGCACUUCAAAGCCCUUGGAGUGGUGGGUACCCAGGAACCUGAGGUCUCCUCUUUUUCUGCUGGACAAUGGAAACUUGGUGGAAAGUGAAAUGAAACAUCUGGACAGUCCUAUUACUACAGUUUCAAAAUUAGAUAAAAAUCCAGAGCUAGGAGAAAACCAGACAGAGGAGAUUUCAGAUGAAUUGAUGGAGUUUUCUCUGGAAGAUCAAGAAGAGGCCAAGGCAUCUGUGAACAGGAGCUGCCUGUAUCGCUCCUCUUCGUUGCCAGACAGUUUGAACAGUCCAGGACUGAAGCAGAUGGUAAAAUUCAAGGACAACACAAUACCAGAUAAAGUAAAAAAGAAAUAUUGUUCUAGCCACAAAGAGCUCAGGAAGGGUUUAGGUAUAAAGAAAAUGGUCUCCCUCUGUGACAUUAAUAUGACUCAGAUGCUGGAGGAAGAUUCUAACCAGGGGCCUCUGAUUGGUGAUUUCUCCAAGGUAUGUGCACUGCCGACCGUGUCAGGGAGACACCAAGAUCUGAAGUACGUCAACCCAGAAACAGUGGCUGCCUUGCUUUUGGGGAAGUUCCGGGGUCUGAUAGAGAUAUUUUAUAUCAUCGAUUGCCGCUAUCCAUAUGAGUACCUGGGAGGACACAUCCAGGGAGCUUUAAACUUGUACAGUCAAGAAGAACUGUAUAACUUCUUUCUGAAGAAACCCAUUGUCCCUUUGGAUACUCAGAAAAGAAUAAUCAUUGUGUUCCACUGUGAAUUCUCCUCAGAGAGGGGUCCCCGCAUGUACCGCUCUCUGAGACAAGAGGACAGGGCUGUGAACCAGUAUCCUGCACUGUACUACCCAGAGCUGUAUAUCCUCAAAGGGGGCUACAGAGACUUCUUUCCAGAAUAUAUGGAGCUGUGCGAACCACAGAGCUACUGCCCUAUGCAUCACCAGGACCAUAAGACUGAGCUGCUGAGGUGUCGAAACCAGAGCAAAGCAUGGGAAGGGGAGCGGCAGCUGCAGGAACAGAUUGCCCUGCUGGUGAAGGAUGUGAGCCCAUGAUAUCAGAUCACCCACUGGCUGCUUAGGACUCACCAAAAGACACUGUAGAAACCCUAAGCAGAAAAGAGGCCAUCUUCUAUGCAGCUAAACCCAAGAUGUUAAAAGAUCUCAGCAAACCAACAGGCUGCCAAACUACUGAAAUCCCAGGCCUGGGGACUGGUUAGGUGUCAGUAGAGCUCCUGGCUGGUGGGAAGUCCUGGAGCUGGCUCUAUAAGCCUGGAGCCUUGGGUUGCAUAGAGAUUUGUGUUGCUUCAGGGAGCUGUUGGAUUCCUCUUCCUAACUGCGUGAGUCUCCUCAGAGGUCAGCCACAUCUCUUUCCCCGUGGGCUUCUGUCUAUGCGAGAGAGAGUUGCCCAUCUUCUUUCUCUAUAUUUUCCUUCUUUGUUUCCCUCUCUCACCUUUUUUUAAAAUGGGAAAAUAAACAUUGAAGAAUGAGAAAUGCGAUUGUGAGCCCAGUCUGUUCCUAGAAGAUGUGUAUAAGGAAGUAAUCACCACAUUAAACUCCUUCGGACAAAGAUGUAGCCAUCUCUAUUCAUAGCUAAGGCCUAGGUGCUUUUCUCCAGACCAUGGUUCUCAAAGUUUGGGCCCUGGUCCAUCAGCAUCAUCUGAACUUGCUUGAAAUGUAAAUUUUCACAGCCCACUCCAGACCUACUAAAUCAGAACAUCUGAGGUUAGGGCCCA